CUGAAAAAUCAAAAGUAAAGCCCUUUUGGUUUGUUGGUAAAUAAAAUUACGACCAACAAAAUCUUUGUUUUUUUCACCUAAAAAAAAAAGUUUACUUAAUUCAAUUUAAUCAUGAACACCGUACCUAACCACGAGUUUUUAGAAGUUCACACUGUCCAUCAGCAUCAGCCACAUUGUAAGCAGCAAUGUUUUGUGUUCACCGAAAUAGCUGAUAUCGAACUCCCACCGGAAAUGAAUAAAUUUACAACAGAAAAAAUACGAAACGGUAGCAUAUCUUCGUGCAAAAAAGAAGUUAUGGAUUAUGAGUCAAAACGAAGCAAAGGAGCAUCUUCCAGAGGACGUAAAGUCCUUAUUGCACUUGGAGUUAUUUUGGUUUGCAUUGCAAUGGCUGGAGGGAUACCAUUGGCUCUGCAGCUUCGUUCGUCGUCUUUGUUGGAAGCACGUCUUGCAUUUAUUCGUCGAUUGUUAACAGAAUCUCCAUUGGUUGAGGGAUAUUGGAGUCCCAAGAAGGAUAUGAACUUUACCAAUAGCAUUGGGGAAGUGAGGAAGAAUUUUAUCGGUGCAGUUUUGUGGCCAAUAGCAGUACCUUGUGGGGCACAAUAUCUCGAUGCGGUUCAACUUGCAUUGGAAGGAAUCGAUGAAGCAAGGCGAAUAACGCUGAACUCUGAAUCCAUGCAUAUUGUUGAAUCAGCAGAUGAAAUGGAGCAAACCCAUAUUCGAGGAGAAGUGGCGAUACUCAUGGGAUUGGGCGGUGGUCAUGCUAUAGGAGCUAGUUUAGCUGUUCUCAGAUCAAUGUACAUGUUGGGGGCCCGAUUUGUUUCAGUUACCAGUUUGGAAUGUCCCACACCAUGGGCGGCAGCUUCAAUAAGAAGACACGACUAUAUAAUUGAGGAUAAUUCCACCAAUACUCUCACCGAUUUUGGCAAAACAGUUCUUUAUGAGAUGAAUCGAUUGGGAAUGUUGGUUGAGGUGUCACAGUUAUCCGAGUCAGCAAUGACUACUGCUCUGAGAUCCGCUAAGGCUCCGGUAUUGCUGAUUAACGCAGCUCCACUUUCAAUCUGUAACAAUACGAACUUGGCUUCGAUUCCUGAUCAUGUUCUAAGCCUUCUUCCGGAUAACGGUGGUGUUAUCAUGCUCAAUAUGGAAAAAUGCGGUGAACGUUCUUUGGGUGUUCGUGAGGCUAUAAAAGCCAUUAAUUAUGUCCGCAAGAUUGCAGGAGUAGAUCACAUCGGUCUAAGCGGUGCUCCUAAAAGUUAUGCAUUUCUUCUUGCCGAAUUAGCCCGGGACAGAGUUUGGGGAAAUGCUGCCAUUAAAAAACUUAUAGGUGGCAAUGUUGUGAGAAUUCUUCGUGAAGUGGAAACAUUGAAAAAUCGUUUGCCUUUGUAUGAAGAUUGGAUUCCUCAUGAACUAAUUGAAAGUUCUUCCUAUUGUCGCUAUCCAGAGUCAUAAAUUAUCAUUGAGACUGCAGGACAUGCAACAAAUAAAAAAAGCAAUAUAAUAAGGCACUAGUUUUUUGAAAUAUCAAGUCAAGCGUCUGCAUGGCAAUUUGUUGUCGUUAUCUAUACUUUUUGGCUAUUUGUUUUGGCGGGAACACUAUUUUAUAUUGAAUUGGAGUUUUUGAAUUAAUUAAAAUUUGUUGCAUCAAAUUUCACAAGCAACAAAUUGCCAAAUAGGCAACACUGGCAUCUAAUAGGUAAAAUGUUUAAAUGUUAGUUCUAAAUGUUUAAGAUAAAUUAACUCAUAUAAUUCAUUAAAAAAUUAAAAAAAACCUUUUGUUGUG